AUCAGUCGGAUCUGAAAAGUAGAGGCGUCAGGACUGAGCCGGUUGUUGAGGGGAGGAAGAACGCCAAGAAUUUUUAAUCAUCAUCCCUGACAAUACAGGCUGUGGUGUCGAGCUGUUGUAACUUGUAAGGGUGCGGGUCUCCCUCACAAGUCCCUGUUGUUCCAGCGCUCGAGUUUCUGCUCGUUCCUGAGAUGUCGCAGGUGCUAUCUCUCCCCAGUGACAUAGCAGACCAUGUGGAUGAGUGUAGAGCAGCCUUGCAGCGCUGUCCCGCCGACCAUCCUGAUCGAGCCACAUUUCUCAGCAACCUUGCCGACAUCCUGUCUGACCUCGAUGAGGCAAUCGAGCUCUAUCGGGCUGCACUAGAGCUCUGUCCCCCUGGCCAUGAUGAUCGAUCCAUAACUAUCAAAGACCUUUCCAUCAGCCUUCAAAACAGAUUCAACCAGUUGGGCAUUCUGUCUGACCUUGAUGAGGUCAUUGACCUCCAUCGUGCUGCGCUGGAGCUCCGUCCCCUUGGCCAUUCUUUUCGAGCCAGUGCUCUCGGCAAUCUUGCCGACAGCCUUUAUAACAGAUUCAAGCAACGGGGUGUCCUGUCUGAACUCGAUGAAGCCAUUGAGCUCCAUCGGGAUGCGCUGGAGCUCCGUCCCCCUGGCCAUGAAGAUCGACAUAUCUCUCUCACCAACCUUGCCAUCAGCAUUCGAGCCAGAUACGAGCAGCGGGGCGUCCCGUCUGACCUCGAUGAAGCCAUUGGGCUCUAUCAGGGUGCACUGGAGCUUCGUCCCCUUGGCCAUUCUGGUCGACCCAUGUCUCUCAGUAACCUUGCCAACAGCCUUCUUGGCAGAUUUGAGCUGCAGGGCAGCCUGUCUGAUCUCGAUGAGGUCAUCGAGCUCCAUCGGGCUGCAUUAGAUCUCUGUCCCCCUAACCAUGAUGGUCGAUCAUUGUCUCUCAACAACCUUGCCAUCACCCUUCUAUACAGAUUCGAGCAGCAGGGAGUCCUGGCUGACCUGGAUGGGGCCAUCGAGCUCCAUCGGGAUGCACUGGAGCUCCAUUUCCCUGGCCAUUCUCUUCGAUCAAGUUCUCUCAUUAACCUUGCCAAUAGCCUUCAAGCCAGAUUCGAGCAGCUGGGCAUCUUUUCUGACCUUGAUGAGGCCAUUGACCUCAAUAGGGCUGCAUUGGAGCUCCAUCCCACUGGCCACUAUGAUCGACCCAUGUCUCUCAAUAACCUUGCCGGCUGCCUUCAUGAUAGAUUCGAGCAGCUGGGCAUCCUGUCUGAUCUCGAUGAGGCCGUUGAGCUUUAUCGGGCUGCACUGGAUCUCCGUCCCCCUGGCCACUCUGAUCGACCCUCAACCCUCAACAACCUUGCCAUCAGCCUUCUAUCCAGAUUCGAGCAGCGGGGUGUCAUGUCUGACCUCGAUGAGGCCAUCGAGCUUCAUCGGGCUGCACUGGAGCUCCAUCCUCCUGGCCACUCUCGUCGAGCCAUGUUUCUCGCUAAUCUUGCCAGCAGCCUUAAUGACAGAUUCGAGCAGCGGGGCGUCCCGUCUGACCUUGAUGAGGCCGUUAAGCUCCAUAGGGCUGCACUGGAGCUCCGUCCCCCUGGUCAUUCUCAUCGAUCCAGUUCUCUCAGCAGCCUUGCUGACGGGCUUCAAGAAAGAUUUCAGCACCUGGGUCUAUCACCAGACUUAGACGAGGCCUUUGGUUUUUAUUUGCAACUCUCCCAAGUAUCUCAUGCAGGAUCUCGUGGUGACCUUAAGGCUGCAAAGUCAUGGGUGACCUCUGCCGAGCAGCACCACCAUAGCUCUGCCUUGAUGGCCUACCAGACCACAUUACGAUUCCUCGAUCAGCGCGUUGCCGCUCUAUCGUCAUCCUCACGCCACUUCGAUGUAGUCAAGGAGGCUGUAUCAUGCCUUGCCAUGGAUGCUUUCUCGUGCAGUGUUCGUCGCGGUUCUUUGAUGACUGCUGUGGAAUUAUUGGAGCAAGGACGCGCAGUAUUCUGGACCCACUUGGCACGCUACCGCAUGCCACUGGAUGAACUUUCCGUGUCCGGUGACACCGGCGCAGCCUUGGCGGCAGAGUUCAAGCAACUCAGCUUCCGCCUUCGUAACGCGUUCGAUGACACUACAGAAGACCAGUCCGCAGAAAUCCGGCAACUGACCAUGCAAUGGGACGACGUCAUUUCACGCAUCCGCCUGCUACCUGAUUUUUCCCGCUUCCUCCUACACCCGCUAUUUUCUGACCUGCAGAAGGCGGCGGAAAAUGGUCCGGUCAUCAUCGUCAACUCGAGCAAGUACAGCUGUGAUGCUAUAAUUGUCACAAGUGCCCGAGAUCCCAUUCAUGUUCCACUUGAUAUCACACAGAUCGAAGUCUCCGAGUUGUCCUUUGAGUUCCAGUCCCUCGCGAAGAAUUUCGGCUCUUCUGAUAAUCAACUUGAAUUAUACGAGAUUGUGAACACCCUGCGCACACUCUGGAAUUCCGUUGUUGACCCCGUGCUUCAAGUUCUCAAGGAGUUGAUUGAUCCUGGUUCACGCAUUUGGUGGUGUCCCACCGCUGAGUUCACUCUGCUUCCUCUACAUGCGGCAGGACCCUACGAGAAGAAGAUCCGAAAUGUGUCUCAGUUUUACAUCUCCUCUUACACUCCCACUUUGGCAACACUCAUUCGUGCGAGACAGCAGCUUUCUCCAGAUGCGUCCAAGCAACAUUUUGUUGCUAUUGGUCAAGCAAACCCGGGCGGAGCGAAAGAACUCAAACAUGUCGCUCCCGAGCUAGCCGUCGUCGCUCAGCGUCUCGCAUCCGUCGCUUCCUUCACAUCCCUCAAGGACAGCGAUGCAACAGUCCAGGGUGCAUUCGACAUGUUAAGCCAUACUCAAUGGCUUCACCUGGCUUGCCACGGAAUGCCAAAUAAAAAGGAACCAUUUGAAUCUUCCUUCGCAAUGCGCGACGGGCCUUUGACGAUCAGGGAGAUCAUCCGAUCCCACUUGCAGAAUCCGGAGUUUGCGUUCUUAUCAGCGUGCCACACCACCGUGGGCGAUGAGACCAACCCAGAUGAAGCCAUCCAUCUCGCUGCAGCGAUGCAAUUUUCUGGAUUUCGCAGUGUCAUCGGUUCUAUGUGGACUGUCGAUGACGACGUUGCGCGCCAGAUUGUUUCUGUGUUUUAUGAUCAUCUGGUUGAUGAUUCGGGGAGAUUGGACUGCACACGCGCUGCGGUAGCGUUGCACAAGGCUGUGAAGUCGUUGCGCAAGAAGAUUCCACUCGAACAACAGAUUGUAUUUGUUCAUAUAGGUAUUUAAUUUGAGACUCGAUCGAUUCCCCAUUCCGCCGUGUAAUCCUGGUUGCUUUAUUCCCUCGAUACAUACUACUUAUCUUUCGUAAAUU